AAUUUCCCAAUUUUUCAAAAUGAGACCGAGUUAGCUACUACGUGAGAGUGAGUUAGGUGGGAGAGAACCCUUCCACCGCCAUUUUCGCCGUCAUUUCUGCUGCCAUUUCCGCCGCCGGCAUCGUCACCGUCACCAUGCCGUGUCAAUUGCGGUAGAGAGCUUCUCGAGCCACCUCUUCUAUCAUCAACGCGUUUUCAGAUCUGUUCUUCUAUACGGUUAUUGCUGCCACAGUGGAGUUUCCACCGCCGUUGUUGCUGCCGCCGUUUCUGUCACCACUGCCAUUGUUGUUGCUACCGCCGUUGCCGUGGCAGAACGUUUCUGGAUCGAGUCACCUCCUCUGUUAACGCGUUUUCAGAUCUGUUCGGUCCCAAACUUCUUCUUCGACGCAACCUUCUCUCCCUCCAUAUUUCUCCUUCGAGCUUCCGCAGGAUUCUUCUCAACCUCAAGAACAGGAUCAUAGACUUGAUGAGGGGAGAGCCCAACAUCCAGAAGCAGUACUCAUACUCAUACUUGGAUUCAAUUUUCUAAUAAGUGAUACUUGCACCGUCCAAGAUACUACAUUUUUCAGUGAGUUAAGCAAAUCUUCAGCAACCACAAUUUUCAUGGCUUGACAAGAUACUGCAUUUUUCAGUGGAUGCAUGUCACCGUCACUUUUAUUGUUUUCUGGCUCCUUUCUUUAAUAAAAGUCAUGCCAAGGGAAAAACGCAUAAAAAAUCCAUUGAAGUUUGUAGAUGAGAGGGAAAACAACAAUGCUUCUCGUUCACUUCAACCUCCAGCACCAGCAGCAUUUGAAGAUACCACUAGUGUAGAGGCUAGUGAGGCUCCUUCUCAAGCUCCUUCUCAAGUCGUUGCAAAUUCCAUUUCAUCUGAUGGAGCCACACGUUGUUCUAACUCAAAGUCUUCGUCUGCUUGGAAUGUGGAGAUAAUUGACUCUACAAAUGUGAAGAAGAAGGCUAAGAUCAAAGUCAAGGAUGUUUGCAACUUACCUAGAGGAGAUCGUGUAAUUGUAGAGGUUGACGAAGAGGGUGCGGCAUAUGGCGAAGCACAAGGUUUACUUGCUGGCUAUUGUGGUAUAUUAGCAACUAAUGCACGUAUCUUUCCAAUUAGCUUUGAAAAGUGGUCAGGACAAGAAAAUGGUGGCAUGCCUAAGUCUUUCAAGGAUGAGUGCUUUGAUACAAUGAUAAAGCCCCACUUCCAUUUUACAAGCACAGAAAAGAUUGCCUACAGGUAUUGCAUUCAAAGUAUUGCAAAGAAGUGGGCAACAUAUAGGCAAAGAUUGUGGAAUGAGUUCUAUGAUCCAACCAUGAGAAGAGAAGCAUUGGUGAACAAUGUGCCUGAUGAUGUUCCAAGAGAUCAAUGGGCUUGCUUUGUCAAUUAUCGACUAAAACCGUCUACAGUUGAGCUUUGCAUGAAAAAUAAGGAAAAUCGAAGCAAGCAAACCAUUCCUCACACUUGUGGAUCUAAAUCCAACUCUCGGAGGCGACAUGAGAUGUACUUGGAAACGGGAAAGAAGCCUAGUAGAGGAAUGAUGUACAUUGAAACACAUAAGAGGAAGGAUGGGUCUUUUGUAAAUAACAAGGCAUUAACUAUAGUGGAACAAAUUGAGCUGAAUAUGACACAGUCAAAUACACAAUUUGAGGUGUCCCCUAAUGAUGCUGUUGGUAAAGUUUUGGGGCCUGAACACUCUGGGAGAGUUCGUUGCAUGGGCAUGGGAGCAGCGCCUACAAAUACCUUUAGGAAUGUGAGAAGCCGGCUUAAUGGGAUGACCAUCUCCACUAAUUCAGCUGUAUCUUCUUCGCCUACUACUGCUGCAAUUUUACAGGAAAAGAUCAAUAAUUUGGAGUUUGACUUACAUAAUUCACAGCAAAAGGUCAUUAGUCUAGAGUCUAAGUUGCAGCAAUCAUUUGAUAUGAUGAAAGCAUAUCUAAUGAUGAAGGAAGGAGGAAUUCCCGAAGCACUUGUUGGCUUCUUUUCUGCCCGUGAGGCUAAUGAUGCUGAAAGUGAGCCUACUACUCCCUUUGAUGCUAGAAGAUCAGUUGGUGAUAGCAACGGACAUCCGAGGACAAAUACUUGAGAUUUUUUUUUGUAAUUAGAUGAUAUUGAAAUAUUGAAUAUUUUUACUUUUUUAAGAAAAACAGUAAUAGUUGUGUAAAACAAUACCAUAUGCAAUUAUGUUUGGAAUUAUUGAAUUUGAGAAUUUUUUUUUAUA